AUGAUUCAUGAUGUUCAAGGAUUCAGGGAACCUGAUCGAGUAGAGAAUGCAAUGCGGGACGAUGACUCUGACGAGGAGCCUGUAGAUAUCAUUAGGGACAACGAUGAUGACACUGGUGUUAAUCCACAUACACAGCACGGGCCCUUCAAGUCCUGGCACACAGCAGACGGAGGUGCUACAAUUGGGGGUUCUUCUACUGAAUUUCAGAUUGGGCAAUCAUUCCAUAAUAAAGAUGAAGUUGUUCUGAGUGUGAAGGACUAUAGCAUCUGUCGAGGUGUUGAGUACAGAGUCUUGGAAUCGGAUCAUCUGAAGUAUCAUGGAAAAUGCAAGGAGUUCAGCAAGGGUUGUAGUUGGUUGAUUCGCAUAUCACUUCGUGCACGAAAGGGCACUUGGGAGGUUAUGAGGUACAAUGGUCCGCACACUUGCUUGGCCACCUCUAUUUCCAGUGAUCACCGACAGCUUGAUUACCACGUUAUCUAUGCGAGGAUUUAUCCGUUGGUUAGGGCGGAUGCUGCCGUUACGGUAAAGGUCCUGCAACAAGCAACAGAAGCCGAUUACGGGUUCGGGCCUAGUUAUAGGAAGGUCGAUGAGUCAACGGUGUACUUUCAUCGUCCUUUCUGGACAUUUCCACCCUGCAUCGAGGCCUUUCGGCAUUGCAAGCCCCUGGUGAGUAUUGACGAUACCCACUUGUAUGGCAAGUAUGGAGGCACGUUACUGUUGGCGAUAUCGCAGGAUAGGAACUCGAAUAUCCUCCCCAUAGCCUUCGCCCUUGUGGAGGAAGAAAAUGCGGAGUCAUGGUCAUUCUUCUUGUCCAAUGUACGAUCGCAUGUGACAUCGCAGGAGGGUAUUCUUGUUAUCUCUGACAGGUAUAAUGGCAUCAAGGCUGCAAUUAAGGCCCUCGAGAAUGGUUGGCUGCCUCCACAUGCUUUUCGAGCGUUCUGUAUUCGUCAUGUGGCAGCGAAUUUUAGCCUUAGCUUUAAAGGUAAAGAUGCAAGGAGGAUGCUGGUGAAUGCUGCCUAUGCAAAGACUGAAGCAGAGUUUUAUUACUGGUUUGACAUCAUACGGAAUGAGAAUCCGGCCUUGUGUGACUGGGCCAACCGGAUGGAGUAUGACAAGUGGACCCAACAUGAGGAUAGCGGUAGACGGUUUGGGCACAUGACAAUUAACAUUGGUAAAUGUGUGAAUUCCGUGUUAAAGGGAACUCGCAACCUUCCGGUCACUUCGUUGGUUAAGUCAACUUACGGGAGGCUUGCUGAGCUAUUCGUGGUCUGCGGACAGACGGCGGAGGCACAACUGGGAUCUGGGUAUGAAUUUUGUCAGGCGUUGGAGAAGGCUAUUGAUCGGAACAUAAAAGACUCCAGGUGUCAGGAGGUGUAUCGUAUGACUGAGGUCUUCAACGUGUACAAGCAAGGGUUUUUUCCGCCUAUCCCAGAAGGCCUAUGGCCCCAUAUGCUGGACCAACAGUCAUUCCUGAUCCUAACAUGA